AUGGAGUUUUUGUCUCGAACAGCAGUAGGCUUCUUGUCGCUAUCAGUUGCCUUUGCUGGUACUGCUUCGGCGUUAGAGGCGUUCCGAAAGCCGACAGUCGCUUUCACUGCCGGAAACGGAACGCUUCUUGCUUCUCGCUCAUCGCCAGUCCAGAUUCACGCUGAUGCAGCAGACUGGCCUGGUGUCCUCCGUGCCGCCCACGACCUUGCCGUCGACUUUGGACGCGUCACUGGCGUCAAUGGCUCCCUUACAGCGGCCGGCACUGCGACCGCAAACUCGUCUGUGAUCUUCAAUGUCACCGGCAUCAAUGAAGAUUGGAGCGUAGGAUCCUCGAAUGGAACCGGUUACGCAGUCUCAGGAGCAGGCACCAUAAUCGUGGGCACUAUUGGAAACUCCAGCCUAAUCGAUGGCAUGAUCGCGAGCGGCCAGUUAGACGUCAGCGCCAUCGAAGGAAAAUGGGAGUCGUACAUUAGCACUUUUGUAGACAAUGUUGGAAACGGCACUGGUCCUGCUCUUGUUAUUGCUGGAAGCGAUCGUCGAGGUGCGAUUUACGGCAUCUACGAUGUAUCCGAACAAAUCGGUGUAUCACCCUGGCACUGGAUGGCCGACGUUCCUGUCAGGCCGCACGAUUCUGUUUACGCUCUCAAGACCACGAAGACCCAGAAGACUCCCUCCGUGAAAUACCGGGGAUUUUUCAUCAACGAUGAGGCUCCUGCUUUAACCGGCUGGGCCAACAAGAUCUACCCUAAAUCGCCGUAUGGUGUGGCCUUUGGAGCAGAAUAUUACUCUCACGUGUUCGAGCUGAUCCUCCGAUCGAAGGGUAACUACCUCUGGCCCGCCAUGUGGAACGGCAUGUUCAACGUUGACGAUGCUCGCAAUCAGCCUCUUGCUGAUGAGUAUGGUGUUGUCAUGGGAACUUCCCACACCGAGCCCAUGGUUCGUGCUACCCAGGAGUGGGCCAAGGUUGCGAAGGGCACUGAGAAAGGAUGGUCUUGGGAGACGAACAACGAGACUCUAUACGACUUCUUCACGGAGGGUGCAGUUCGCGCUCGUCCUUAUGAGAAUGUCGUCACUGUUGGUAUGCGUGGUUACCACGACACUGCCGCAUCUUCCGAUGUCCGCACCAGCGUCCUUGAGGCCGUUGUCAAUGCUCAAACCGAGAUUCUUGACAAGGUCUACGGCAACGCAUCAGAGGUCCCUCAGAUGUGGUGCUUGUACAAGGAGGUCCAGGACUACUUUGAGGCCGGCAUGAAGGUUCCAGACUGGGUCACCCUCCUCUGGACUGAAGACAACUGGCAAAAUAUCCGUCGUCUUCCUGUUGGAGACGAGAAGAAGCGAUCCGGAGGUGCUGGUGUUUACUACCACUUCGACUAUGUUGGCGACUCCCGCAAUUACAAAUGGCUCGACACUAUCCAGCUUCAAAAGACAUACGAGCAGAUGAAGCUUGCUAAGGAUCGCGAAGCCGACCGCAUCUGGAUCGUCAACGUUGGUGAUAUCAAGCCCAGCGAGAUCGCGCUCAGCCAUUGGUUCGACAUUGCUUACGAUAUGGAUGCUUACGACGAGACUUCCGUGCCUCAGUGGACCAAGGACUGGGCCACCCGUAACUUCGGCGAGGAGCAUGCUGAGGAAAUCGCCGAGAUUGUCGACGAGUACGGCAGCUUGGCCAACAUGCGCAAAUUCGAGUGGGUCGAGCCAUCGUCCUUCAGCAUUCUCAACUACGAGGAAGCCGACGGCAUUCUUGCUAGAUGGCAGGAUAUUGCAACGAGGGCCCAGGCAAUUGCCGAUGCUCUUCCGCAGUCGUCGUACCCUGGCUACUACCAGACUGUUCUUCAUCGUGUUCUUGCUGGUGCCAACUUCGUUGACCUCCAAAUUGCUGGUGCAAGGAACAUAAUCUACGCUCAGAUGGGCAGGAACAGUGCCAACAGGUGGAUGCAACAUGUUAUUGAUGCGAUGAACAAGGACAACAACCUGACUAGGAUUUACCAUACUCUUCUCAACGAUCUCCGCUAUGUCCAAGUCCUUGAGCGUUCUCUUGCUGGCGACAUGGGCGUUGCAGUCGAAGGUAGCAAUGCCACCAUUCCCGGAGAUGACAUGUGGCACGGCAAUGGAGCUAACUCUCUCAACUUGCCCGCCAUCACUCCCUUCACGCCCAAGCGCUGGAUCGAAAUCGCGUCCCGCGGCACCAGGACUUUCAGCUGGAACAUCUCUGCCGAUCCCUUCAUCACACUCUCGCAGAAGUCUGGAACCAUCGGCCCCAACGACCCAGACGUCCGUGUUUACAUCGACGUCGACUUUAGCAAGCUCGAAGAUGGCUUCGGCAAGAAGAGCACCAUGAACUUUAGCUCUAGCACCGACUUCGGCACCGCCGGUAACAAUCCCCAAGUCAUGGUCCAAGUCAACAAGACCGCGAUUCCAUCCAACUUCACAUCCGGCUUCGUCGAAAAUGCCUGCCAAAUUGCCAUUGAAGCUGAGCACUACACGCGCACUUCUACCAAGGGCAAUCUCUCAUACAUGGUCUUGCCAAAAUAUGGCCGCACUCUGUCCGCCGUAAAGCUCGCCAGCGGUCUCGCAGAGGGGCUCGAUUCAUCCAGCGCCCCUGCGCUCGAAUACGACUUUUACACCUUCACGCCCACGACAAAAGAGAAGGGCCUCAACCUGACUCUCAUCCUUUCUCCCAGCCUCAACGUCAACCCCAAGAAACCGCUCGCAUACAUCGCCAAGAUCGACGACAAGCCCGAGGUCCGCCGCCAAUACGUUAUCGACCGCCCGCAGCCAGAUUUCCCUGUGAACUGGGGCGUCGCGGUGGCAGACAAUGCGUGGCGCAACACCACGAAUCACGGCGCGUUAAUGCCAGGAAAGCACACGCUGAAGCUGUGGCUGGUGGAGAGCAACGUCAUUCUUCAGAAGGUUGUGAUGGAUCUGGGAGGCGUGGUGACGUCUCAUAAUGGACCGCCGGAGAGCUGGAGGGUGGGAAUGGGCGGAAAUUCAACGAUGUUACGUAGAUAG